AUGAGGAAGAAAGUAGAUGAGCGAAUCAGAACUCUUAUUGAAAAUGGUGUCAAAUCAAGACAUAGGUCAAUGUUUGUCAUUAUUGGUGACAAAUCUCGUGACCAGAUUGUUAAUCUUCACUACAUGCUUAGCAAGGCUCAAAUCAAAUCCAGGCCAACUGUUUUAUGGUGUUACAAGCACAAGCUUGAACUGAGCAGUCAUGUAAGAAAACGCCAGAAGCAGAUAAAAAAAAUGAGGCAUCAGGGACUUUGGGAUCCUGAGAAAGCGGAUGCAUUUUCAUUGUUUGCAGAAAGUGGGGAUAUAACUUAUUGUUUAUAUAAGGAUUCUGAAAAAGUUCUCGGCAACACUUUUGGGAUGUGCAUUCUUCAGGAUUUUGAGGCAUUACAACCUAAUCUACUGGCCAGAACAAUAGAGACAGUGGAAGGAGGAGGGUUGAUUGUUUUGCUUUUACGCUCUCUGUCCUCACUAACCAGUUUGUACACGAUGGUGAUGGAUGUCCAUGACAGAUAUCGAACUGAAUCCCAUUCUGAGGCUACUGGGCGUUUUAAUGAACGUUUCUUACUAUCACUUGCCUCCUGUAAGGCAUGUGUGGUAAUGGACGAUGAGCUGAAUGUGUUACCAAUUUCCUCUCACAUAAGGUCUAUUACCCCAGUUCCUGUUAAAGAGGACUCAGAGGGACUCUCAGAAGUUGAUCAGGGAUUGAAGAAACUUAAAGAAGAACUAAAUGAAGAUUUUCCUGUUGGACCACUGAUCCGGAAGUGUUGCACGUUGGACCAGGGAAAAGCUGUCAUAACAUUCCUGGAUGCAAUUUUGGACAAAAAGCUUUGUGGUACCGUUGCUACUUUUGCUGCACGUGGCCGUGGAAAAUCAGCUGCUCUUGGUUUAUCAAUUGCUGGAGCUAUUGCCGUGGGGUACUCAAAUAUCUUUGUUACUGCACCCAGCCCUGAGAAUCUGAGAACCUUGUUCGAGUUCAUAUGCAAAGGUUUGGGUGUACUUGACUACAAGGAGCACGAACAUUUUGAUUUGGUAAAAAGUCAGAUUUCUGAGCACAAGAUUGUCACUACAAGAGUCAAUAUUUACAAGCACCACAGGCAGACCAUUCAGUAUAUACUGCCACACGAACAUGAAAAGCUUUCACAAGUUGAAUUAUUGGUUGUUGAUGAAGCAGCUGCUAUUCCGCUGCCAAUGGUGAAGUCUUUACUUGGCCCAUAUAUGGUCUUCCUGUCUUCUACUGUUAAUGGUUAUGAAGGAACUGGACGCUCUUUGUCACUAAAACUUGUACAGCAACUGCAAGAGCAAAGCCAUGUGUCUGCUAAGAGCACAGAGGGCACUGGUCGCCUGUUUAAGAAAAUUGAAUUGAGUGAAUCCAUUAGAUAUGCUUCUGGGGAUCCCAUUGAAAGCUGGCUUAACACAUUACUUUGCUUAGAUGUUUCAAACGCCAUACCUAAUAUUAGCAGGUUGCCUCCGGCCAAUGAGUGUGAUCUAUACUAUGUUAAUCGGGAUACUCUUUUUUCCUAUCACAAGGAUAGUGAGCUAUUUUUGCAGCGAAUGAUGGCCUUAUAUGUUGCAUCACAUUACAAGAAUUCUCCAAAUGAUCUACAAUUGAUGGCAGAUGCUCCAGCACAUCACUUGUUUGUGCUACUCGGGCCUGUGGAUGAAUCGAAGAAUCAACUUCCUGAUAUUUUGUGUGUCAUCCAGGUUAGCCUUGAAGGGCAGAUAUCUCGUCAGUCAGCCAUCCAAAGUUUGAGCCAUGGUCAUCAACCUUUUGGAGAUCAAAUACCAUGGAAAUUCUGUGAGCAAUUCCGCGAUACAACUUUUCCUUCACUCUCUGGGGCUCGCAUUGUACGCAUUGCUACACACCCUAAUGCAAUGAGGCUUGGCUAUGGUUCUCAAGCAGUUGAGCUGUUAACACGUUAUUAUGAAGGACAACUUACGCCUAUCUCUGAGAAUGAUGUUGACGAUAAAGUGCACACUCCACAAAUUAAAGUCACGGAAGCUGCAGAGAAGGUUUCACUACUUGAAGAAAAUGUAAAACCCAGAACAGAUCUUCCUCAUUUGUUAGUACAUCUACGUGAAAGGCGCCCGGAGAAGCUCCAUUAUAUUGGUGUCUCCUUUGGCUUAACCUUGGAACUUUUUCGCUUUUGGAAGAAGCAUAGAUUUGCUCCUUUCUACAUUGGCCAGAUUCCAAAUAAUGUGACUGGUGAGCAUUCAUGCAUGGUCCUGAAAUCUUUGAAUAAUGAUGAAGUUGAAGUUGAUGAAUCAAAUCAGUGGGGCUUUUAUGGUCCAUUUUACCAGGAUUUUAGGCAAAGAUUUGCGAAACUUCUGGCUUCCACUUUCCGUGACAUGGAAUACAAGCUUGCUAUGAGUAUCAUAGACCCAAAAAUCAACUUUACGGAGCAAGAGCCUAUAAAGACAACUGCUGACAAAUCAUUGGGAUCAGUUAAAGAAUAUUUAUCACCACAUGAUAUGAAGCGACUAGAGGCUUAUGUUGACAAUCUUGCUGACUUUCACCUGAUUUUAGAUUUAGUUCCUACGCUGUCACACCUGUACUUCCAAGAAAAGAUUCCAGUUACAUUAUCACAUGCUCAAGCUUGUGUGUUACUCUGCACAGGUCUGCAGAAUCAGAACAUUUCGCACAUUGAGGGACAAAUGAAGCUGGAAAGGCAACAAAUAUUGUCUCUCUUUAUUAAGGUUAUGAAGAAGUUCUACAAAUAUCUAUAUGGCCUUGCAUCCAAAGAGAUUGAAUCAACCAUGCCACGACUGAAGGAAAUUGUCAUGGAACCUCAUAGUGUUUCUGUGGACGAAGACCUCAACGAUGGGGCUAAACAAGUUGAGGACGAUAUGAAGUCAAAAUCAGAAUCACUCUUUACUCCUGAGUUGCUCGAACGAUAUGCCAUUGAAGACGGAGAAUCCUUUGACAAUGUUUUGCAAAGUACUGGUGGAAAAAUACCCACAGGUGGUCUUAUCAGUGUGAAAUCCAGCAGGAAAAUAAUCAACUCUGAAAAGGACAAUGGAAGUCAUAAGAGUGAUAAAAAGAGGCGUAUAGACAACCACAGCCAUAAAUCAUCUAGUAAAAAGGAAAAGAAGAAAAGGUCUUCUUGA